UUGAGUUUCGCCCGACGUCGUUUUGUAUACAUCAUUUGGGCCCCUUUCAAGCACUUUUAUUUGUAUCAUUCGCCUUUUUUCUUCCUUCUUUCUCUCUUUCUUUUGGGGAGAAGUUUUUGCUUUCUCUAUCUUCAUCAAGCUAUUUUUUUCUUUCUUUCAUCAUCAGCGAAAGGAAUAGCCUCAGCAUAUUACUGCCCAACCACUUACCUCGCAUCGUCUUUACAGACUUGGCGAUAUCAUUUGUUAUAAUAUCACCCAAAACCUCGCUCGAUGCAGAUGGUCGAUACAAGCUCGGCUUCAGCUCAUGCUGUACCCCAUUUCAACAAAGGUUCUUCUCGGCAAAGGAAAAGCUAUGCAUCCUCCGUUUAUAGUGAGAAGAGCGCCAACAGUGCCAAAAGUGCUCGGUCCUUUCUUUCCAUGACCACGUCGUUAUUUUAUCGAAAGGAAUCCCAUCCUGCCGUAAUCGAUAGCGAACCACAAAAGGAAGGCUUUUUACGAACGCUUCGAUCGUUGGCUUUAAAAGCUAGAAAGUCCAAGACCGAGCCAAAGCAAGACGAAAAAAGCACUAAGAACCUUCAUUCAACUGUACAAAUGCCGCCCGAUAGGAGGCGAUCCAUAACAAAAGACCACGACACAAACAACCAUGACGUAUUAAGAAGAUUGCUGCUUGCCCAGCACGCUCCACCACAGUAUCAAUCAAAACCCAGCAAAAGACGAUCCUUCCGACAACAGGAUUCAGACGACGAUGAAGAUGAGGAAGAUGAGGAGGACGAAGUUGAACAGCUGAUGAUCAACCGAAAUAUACAGCAGCCAAAAGUCAUCGCCGUUCCCAGAAUAGACGACGCCAAUAAACCUACAUCCAUUAUUCGACGAAGUAGGAGUACAUCCACUCAUCAAGAUUCUUCAUCCACUUUGUUUUCAAUCUCAACCGAUACUAAUUCAACCGAAGACGGUGACGAAGUGUCAUACUCAAAACGACGUGUUACAUUUGUGGAACCAUCCCCCAUCCCCCGCAUGAAGAGAGCUGAUCAACCACGCUGUCUGAUGGUCAAUAUUGUGAACAGCGGAUUAGGCAAAGCGGAUCCUAAGCGGUUGAUCUUCAAACAACCCUUGAUAAGAGGAGCUACCCUUCCUUUUGAACUCUGCAACACAUCCAGUGAUCAUUUAAUUGUUUACAAGUUUUUGACACUGUGUUCUCCUCGACAAGAACGCUAUUUUAUUCGACCUAGUGCAGGCGUUAUUUUUGAUGGCAAAGUCAAGGUCGUCCUAUUUCUAAACAAUGCUCCUCAGAUUGCUCCAGGCGAAGUCAUACGAGACAAGGUCCUCGUUCGGUACGCGGUUGUGGAGAAAGGUGGAGAAGCUGAACAGUGGAUCCGCAACCUUGAUGACAGCUGUAGACGAAGAUGGUUGGAAAUGGUACGAGAAAAGUUUCGAGGACUGAUAGUGCGAGAGAUGAAAGUGAAGGUUCGAUUAGUUGGAUAGUCAAGCCGACGUCUUGGUUUUUCAGACACCAACCAACCGAACCCACGCCAACGCAACCUUUUUUUUUCGUACCAAAAAGACGGACAGAUAGUCAUAUAGCUUGUAUUCCAACCUUUUUUCUCAUUUUCCCUUUCUUCAACUUUUUCAUUUCUU